UUCAUAAUGUCUAUAUUGCAAAGACUGUCAAGAUUUCCACAAAACUUAUAUUAUGUUAAAAAUGUUAUUAAAAGAUAUCCAAAACGAAAUGAAAGUAUUUUAUCAGCAUCUCGACAAUCUUCAAUGUUAAGAACUGUAUUUAAAGCAAGUCUAGUAGGAAUUUCUAUUGGAUUUCCUGUUGGUAUAGCUAUUACUACAGGAUAUUCUUGGUAUAAAGAUAUGGAAGCUUCAAAAACAUAUCACCUUCAAGGAAAAGAAGAAAAAAUUAAAAUACUUAAAGAAAAACCACCAGUACCAGUUUCUAGAGAAAUUAUUUUUCCAGUGGACACUACUGAAUUAAAAUUAACUCUUUAUCAAUAUCAAACAUGUCCGUUUUGUUGUAAGGUCAGAGUUUUCUUGGAUUACUAUGGAAUAUCUUAUGAAAUUGUGGAAGUUGAUCCUGUAUUACGGAAAGAAAUAUCUUGGUCAUUUUAUAAAAAAGUACCAAUACUUUUAGCACAAGUAGAUUCAGGAUAUCAACCUUUAAAUGAUAGUUCAAUGAUUAUUUCUCUACUAGCAUCAUAUUUGAAAGAGAGAUCCCAAAAAAUUAAUGAUUUAAUAGAAUAUUAUCCAAACAUAGCAAUGCAUGAUGAAAAUGGAAGAUUGAAAUAUGAAAUUAUGAAUAAGUAUUUCUUAAUGUAUCAAGAUAAUUUACCUGCAAAUAAAAUUAUGGAUAAGGUCAUGGAAGAGCGUAAGUGGAGAAAAUGGGUUGAUGAUGAAUUUGUGCACACACUAUCACCGAAUGUGUAUAGAACACUUGAUGAAGCCUAUAAAACUUUCAAUUGGUUUUCUGAAGUUGGUAAAUGGGAAGAAUAUUUUCCAACAUGGGAAAGAUUAAUUAUGAUAAAUGUAGGUGCAACAGCUAUGUGGCUUAUAUCAAAACGAUUAAAAAAAAGACAUCAUUUAAAACAAGAUGUUCGACAAUCUUUAUAUGAUGAAAUCAACAAAUGGUUAAACGCUAUUAAUAAACAUGGUGGUACAUUUAUGGGAGGAGAAAAGCCUAAUUUAUCAGAUCUUGCUGUAUAUGGAGUUUUGAAGAGCAUAGAAGGAUGCAGUGCUUUUAAAGAUGCUUUAGAUAAUACAAAACUUAGCACAUGGUAUAAUGCUAUGACAAAGGAAGUAGAAACUCAUUCAGGAAGCAAAUAUUUAAUGACUAAAUAAUAUAAAUAAAAUAUAUUGAUUUGUAUCGUUUA